CCUCCAAACGAUUCGGCGGUGCUAACCUUACGCCCGCACUGGCCAUAUUUGUUGAGAGUGCAGGAUUAUACACAUCAUGGGCCGUCAUUUACUUCGCAUGUUAUGAGUCCCGGACAAAUUUCCAUGCCACCGCUCAAGACAUCUGGUGUAUUAUCAGUGGCAUUUCUUUUUUGCUCAUCAUUGUUCGUGUUGGUAUGGGCUGGGCUCACGGUCCACAUGCCUCGGGGACUCGAGAGAUACUAUACAACACCCGCGAUCGGAUGCCAGUCAGUCUGUGCAGGACUACUCCGCUUGCGAUCACCGUUACUCGUGUAACUGAACAGGAUCAUGAGUCUGCUGAGGAGAGAAAGUUCAUGGCUGAAUCCCCUAGGAUGUUGGAUAGUAUGCAGGUUGCAUGAUAUCUACCCAACCAAAAUUUCAUCGCGUUGGUCUGUAUCAGCGUAUUGCUUUGUAGAUUUCCAAUACCCACAAGGGUAGCUUUGAUUUGAAUU